AUGUUUAUUAAAUUUGGUCUAGUAAGUCUGUUGAGCAUCUCAAUCAUAACAUGGAACUCUUUUUAUGUCAAUGGGACUGAAUUUGAGUCAGCAAAGUGCGUGAGCUGUGACGAAUUUCAAGAGCCGUGCGCUGGUCUUGAAACCUCCGGCAUCUCCUGCGAUAAUGCAACAGAUCGAGAGAAAUUUAAAGAAAAGAAAACCGCUACAAAUGGAACACUUGCACAAUGUGUGCCCGAUGAAUACGAAGUGACAGGUAUUUUAUGGGAAAUGUGCUGCAUAUGGAACCCGAAAAUGGGAUGCCGACAGAUUGCGGGACACUACUAUCAGCAGACUGAACACUGGAAUGAUUACUGUAUGUACUGUCUGCACAUAUGCGGCUGCGGAACAGGAAGAAUUGAAGCCAGAAAUGGCCUUACCAGAGUACUGCUGCUUUGCUACACUAUUAUCGGAAUUUACUCUAAACUAUUGUACAUAUACGAAAUAUACUAAGAAUUCUUGCAGUUUCCACUUUU